GAUUCAUUGUCAGGUCGGUGUUGGUCUCGCUAGGCGGUUGUGUGUGCGCGUGAAUAACAGGGUGUUUGGGAGUUUUGCCAGUGGAACCCCGGGCACCGAUGGAAGAGUAAGUGGGCACAGCACCUGGCACAUCAUGGGUACGGCCGCCGGACUGCUCCUCGCUGCACUUCUCUUGGCAGGUACAUCCUGGGCCCAGCGGGAGGUGAAUAUACAACAGGGGCCCCUCUACCGGGCAGAAGGCUCUCAGAUCAGUAUCUGGUGCAAUGUGCGUGGGUACCAGGGGCCCUCAGAGCAGAACUUCCUGUGGUCCAUAUACCUCCCCUCUGCACCUGAGAAGGAGAUCCAGAUGGUUGGAACCAGUGAUCCUUCCUUCUCCUAUGCCAUCUACUCACAGAGAGUGCGCUCUGGGGACAUCUAUGUGGAGCGAGUGAGUGGGGACCAUGCCCUGUUACAUAUACGCCAGCUGCAGGAACAGGACGCGGGGGAGUACGAGUGCCACACGCCCAACACUGACCCCACCUAUCAUGGCAGUUACAGCGCCAAGAUGAACCUGCAUGUGAUUCCGGACACCUUGACAGUCUCGUCCCCUGCUCAGACGCUCCAGAAGGUGGAGGGGGGCUCCCUGCAGGUGACCUGUGAAGUUUCCCAGAAUUCCUCCCAGCACACUCACCUGUCCGUCUCCUGGCUCCGAAUAUCUGGAGGGGAGGAGCAUGAGAUCAUCUCUCUGACCCAGAAUCUCUCAGUGCGGGCUGGACCCACCUAUGCCCAGAAGCACUCAGUGGGGGACGUCAGGAUGGACAAACUGGGGGACAGCACCUUCCGUCUGACCCUGUAUAACCUGCACCCCAGUGACCAGGGUGAAAUUCACUGUGUGGGCACAGAAUGGAUCCAGGAUCCGGAUGGUACGUGGUUCCCCCUGACCCAGAAACGAUCAGAAGGGACAUCAGUGACGGUUCAGCCGACAGACAAAGAGUUCAACGUGCGAUUGGAGACAGAACGUAGAACGUAUGGUGCCGGCGAUAUGGCGAGUCUCCGGUGCAUUAUUGAUGCCCAGAAUCCAGCUGAGCGCCUGUUUGCGGUGUCCUGGGCAUUUAACAGCUCCCUAAUUGCCAGCCAGAGUCCUGGGGGGGUCCCAUCCCUGACAGGAGAAUAUGCCAAGCGGGAGGAUCGCGGAGAGGUGCGGGUGGGCAAGGACAGCGACAUCGUCUUUUCACUCAAAAUAUUUCACCUUCGCCCAGAGGACAGCGGGAAGUACAACUGCCGGGUGACUGAGCGGGAGAGGGGCCCCUCGGGAGAACUGAUUGACCGAGAGAGCAAGAGACCAAAGAACAUCCCCAUCUCUGUACUGCCCCUGAGGACGUCUCUCACUGUCACAGUGACUGCCAACUCCAGUUCGGUGCUAGAAGGGGUGCGCCUCUCCCUCACCUGCUCCGUGGCAUCUCUUGCUGGACCCCAGAGCCGCAUCUCUGCCUCGUGGCACCUGCAGGAUAAACAGGGGCGCCAGAGGGAAGUGGUGCGGCAGGACCGUGAUGGAGUAACGUGGGCGGGGGAGCAGUACCGGGAAAGACUGGGCACUGGCGAGUUGCGGCUGAUCAGGUCUGGCUCGGAUACUUUUAGCCUGGAGUUGGAGGGCAGUCAGAGAACGGACACAGGUUCAUAUGAAUGUCGUGUGGCCGAGUGGGUACCAGCCACUGACGGAGAGUGGCAGCUGCUGGGUGAGAGAUCUGCUCAGGCCAACGUGGAUAUCAUGGCAUUGGAGACUGGAUUUGCUGUGACCGCAAUCACCCGCACUCCCGGGGUCUCCUACUUCGACUCUUUCGACCUGCAGUGCAUCCUGAAGCCACACUAUCCUCCCUGGGUGGGGGUGUCGGUUACCUGGCGCUUUCAGCCCGCAGGGGGAGGAGACACACACGACCUGGUGACCUUCAGUCGGGCGGGGGGGGUCCAGUGGGGUGAAAGGGCUGGAAGUUUCCGUGGCCGCAGUGUCGUGGAGAAGGGAGACUCUACUCACACUGUGAAACUGAGUGUGAGUCGUGCCAGCGAUUCUGAGGCGGGCAAGUACCAGUGUGUUGCCGAGCUGUGGAGAUGGGAAUAUAGAGGCACGUGGACACAACUCGCUGAGAGGGCAUCCAACCUGCUGGAGAUCAGAGUCCAGCGCCCAGUGCCGCGGCUGCAGGUCAGUAAGGUGACGAGGACCCUCAGUGUAGUGGAAGGGUCUCAGGUGACUCUGAGCUGCUCCAUUCGCUCCCAGACUGGGCCGGACUCACGCUUUGCGGUGCUGUGGUUUAUGCGCCAGCCCUCGGGGGCAGAUGGGAAGCUGAUUGUGCGCAGUAACACGGGCAUGGAGUAUGGCACCUACGCUGAGGAGGCUUCACUGAAAGGUCGGUUACAGCUGGAGGUGACGGCACCAGGUCACUACACACUCACCCUGCAGGGGGCACAUGCGGACGACAGUGGCAGCUACUACUGUCAGGUGGAGGAGUGGGCAAUGGACCCUAAUCAGGCCUGGUACCGAUUGGCUGAGGAGGCGUCGGGAAUGACGGAGAUUCGUGUGCGAGUACCAGAUGCCAACUUGCAACUGGAUCAGAUCCCCCGGAAUGUAUCGGCUCUGGAGGGGCAGAGUUUCACAGUUACAUGCCACGUGCUGAACCGGACCCUCCCCGACUCCCGCCUGUCCCUGGAGUGGCUGUCCUGGUGGGCUGGGCACAUGGAGAGACGGGCCCUGGUGCGGCUGACUGUGGAUGGGGUGACCAUACUGGGCUCUGUAGAGGAGGAGAAUGUGGCCCCAGGGCUGCCCAGCCGGAUGCAGGUGUCACAGCCGUCCCUGGGGCUCUAUGCGCUGACCCUGCGUGGCACUGAGGUGCAGGAUACUGGCACCUACAGCUGCCUGGUACAAGAGUGGCUCCAGGACCCGCGGGGGCAGUGGUACAAGCGUACAGAGGAGAGAUCAGGUGCCACUUACGUGAGCGUGCGCCAACCUGAUCCGGCGCUGCAGUUGGACUCGUCUCUACUCAACGUGUCGCUGAUGGAGGGCGGCCAUUUUGAUCUGGACUGCGUGGUAUCAUCACGCUCGCGGCCGGACUCCCAGCUGGCAAUUUCCUGGUCCCUACAGGGGGCAUCUCGGGGGGCGGAGCAGGAGACUUUGCUGAAUGUGGACCGUUCCGGGGUGUGGGCCCCGAUGGCGCCUCGUUGGGAGGGUCGAUUACAGCAGCUUCAGUUGUCGCCUACUCUGUUCCGGCUGCAUGUGCCACGCGUGGGCCAGGGGGAUUCUGGGAAUUACACCUGCCUGGUGCAGGAGUGGCUGCAGGGACCUCGGGGGAACUGGUAUCUCCUGGCUCAGGAUGAAUCCCUGAUUGGCUGGAUCAGAGUGCAGAGCAAGGAGUCCAACCUGCAGUCCACCAUCUGCGCCAACGAUGCCCUCUUCUACUUGGUUUUCUUCUACCCCUUCCCCAUCUUUGGCAUCCUUAUCAUCACCAUCCUGCUGGUGCGCUUCCGACACCGACCAACGAGCAAGCCUGGCGAGGGCAAGAAUGGGGUUCCCCUGCUGUGGAUAAAGGAACCCCAUCUCAACUACUCCCCGACAUGCCUGGAGCCCCCCGUGCUUAGCAUCCACCCGGGCACCAUUGACUAAGGAUCUGGGCAGAGGUUUUACCCACACUGUGCCCUCUCGAUUCCUGCCAGAGAGAGGAUCCUGGGAUCUACUUUGGGAGUUACUUGUUCUGUAACACUGCCGGGGCCCCAUGGGCCCUACUUGUUGUACCAUUUGUGUCCUGUGUAGAGGCAGUUGGAUUUGCCCCACUGGUGCCAGUGGAGAAUCACGUGUUCUUAGCUUUUAUUUGGCUCCGCCCUGUUUGGAGACUAACUGGCCCUGCGAGCCGGUGGUCGGGCCCUUCAGCAACAGGAAAUGACUUGAUUGGAACUCUGGGACUAUCAUUUCAUCAUUGGCCGAGGGGCUUCUGUGGCCCUUGUGUUCUGCAAUGGAACAGACUCAUGUGAUACAAUGUAGCGAUAGAUUUCUGUGUCCUGGGGCCAAACACAGGGACAUGACCCAUUUGUGUAUAAUAUUUAACCCUUUCCUUGCUGAAUUACUGCUUCCUGUGAAGUGAAAGUGUCUUUUAUAUCCCCCGAGUCGGACCCUUUUUAUCUGCCCCAGUGCCCCACUUUAUUGCCCCUAAUUAUUCUGUAUAUAUUUUAUGCUUCUCUUGCACUGUAGGGGUGCGGGGAGUGACGCCCUGGCUGGCGCCUCCCUUUAUGCCCUCCCCUUUUGUUGUCAUUUGCAGGUCUUCCUUCUGCCCUGCCCCCUACUCAGCCUGGGCUCUCGGGGGUCCCUGUCAUUACACGGUGCUAUUUCACCAGUUUUGGGGUAAAAGGAACAUUUUCAGUGUUUUUUCAUUCUCAGUCAUGUCUUCCUGCCCCGGGGUCCCACUUACCUCACACCCUAGUGGCACCUCAGAAUGUAAAGCCCCUUACCUGCCCCUGGCCUGGGGUGUACCUUUAUGGUUGCUUAAAGGGUUAACUACUUCUACUGUCCCCCCUUAGACCCACCUGUGCAUGAGACCCCCGACCCCCCACUUUGUGAUAUGUUGCACUGAGCUUGUUUUAUUUGCUGCCGCCUCCUCUCACAGUAAAGGUUUUACCCCCCGA